AGAGAAUUUCAUUUCAUUUCAUUUCAAUCUGAAUAAUAAGUGAAUAUCUCUCGUAGUGUCGUACACCAUACACCACACGCAUACAUUUGUACACAGACAUGGGACCAUUUCCCUGCGUUUAAAUUUUGAUCUUUUUCGUGGACGACAGGAUCCGACUCUGCCGCUUAACUCUCUUCCCUCUCUAUAUCAUCCUUUCUCCUUCACCUUUUAUCUCUCUCAAUCUUUUUCUUCUUUCUUUCUAACCUUCUCAUAUGGAAAUGGAGGACCAUCAUCAUCAUCAUCAUCAACACCAUGAACAGCAGCAGCAGCAGCAGCAGCAGUAUGCCAUCACUGAUCUCAGACAACUCAUGAACGGCCCGAGGUCCACCCAUUUCCCCUCCAUGCCGCCGCAGCCCAAGGCGGAGCUGUUCCCCGGCGGCCACCCCAACCUGGCCGCCUCGCAGCACUUCGAGAUGAUGAUGUUUGGUCGUCAAGUGGCCGACAUAAUGCCUCGGUGUCUUCAUGACUUUGCAUCUACCGAUUCCGCCACGAAUAAUAACAACACGAGCAUCGCUGCUGCCACUCCCACCACCACCACUAGUGCCUCCACUCCUCCGCUUAGUUGCUUAGAGGGUGAGACCGCAGGAUGCAUCGGUGGAGAUGCCUCCACUGGAAGAUGGCCCAGACAAGAGACACUCACUCUUCUUGAGAUCAGAUCUCGCCUCGACUCUAAAUUCAAAGAGGCUAAUCAAAAGGGUCCCCUAUGGGAUGAAGUUUCUAGGAUCAUGUCUGAAGAACAUGGAUAUCAAAGGAGCGGGAAGAAGUGCCGGGAGAAGUUUGAGAACCUCUACAAAUAUUACAAGAAGACAAAGGAGGGAAAAGCUGGAAGACAGGAUGGGAAACAUUACAGGUUCUUUCGUCAACUUGAAGCCUUAUAUGGUGAAAACAGUAACCAAACCUCGGUACCAGAAACCAAUUUUGGUAGUGGCAGCCUUCGUUUCCACUCAAACAGCCACAACCCUUCUCAAACAAAUCAAGAAAUGUUUCACUCCCAGAAGCAUUGCGAUAGCCUAAGUCUCACCAACACCACUGAUUUGGACACGUCAUCAUCGGAUGACAACGAUCAGAAUAGCACUGGGGGACUCAAGGACAACGACUCCACGGAGAAGAGGAGAAAGAGGUUGAGCGGAAGAAGCUGGAAGGUGAAGAUAAAAGACUUCAUUGACUCACAGAUGAGGAAGCUGGUGGACAAGCAAGAGGAGUGGUUGGAAAAACUCACGAAGACACUGGAACAGAAAGAAAAGGAGAGGGUGCUAAGAGAAGAAGAGUGGAGGAGACAAGAAGCUGUAAGGUUGGAGAGGGAACACAAAUUUUGGGCUAAAGAGAGAGCAUGGAUUGAAGCCAGGGAUGCUGCUUUAAUGGAGGCUUUACAAAAACUAACAGGAAAUGAGAUGAUAAAGAGUACUCAAUCUCCUGAGGGUGUAAUGGUAACUGGAAUUCAUAACCACAGUGAAAACCUGAAUGAAGAUGGGAGUGAAAUACUAAAUAGUACCACUGCCAGAGGUGCUGAAAGCUGGCCAGAAUCUGAGAUUACUAGGCUUCAGCAGUUGAGAGCUGAGAUGGAGACAAGGUAUAUACAAAGUGGGUGUUCAGAAGAGUUUAUGUGGGAGGAAAUAGCAACCAAAAUGGCUUGUUUUGGUUACGAAAGGAGUGCUUUAGUGUUCAAAGAGAAAUGGGAAAGUACCAGCAACUACGCAAGGAAUGCUAAAGAUGGAAACAAGAAGCGCAAGGAAGACUCUAGAGGUUGUUUCUACUUCGAUAACAGCGAACAGUCUUCCCUUUAUAACCAAGGAGGAGCCUAUUGUGAUAUUAAUGAUCAAAGGCACGAGAGGAGGCUGCAAAAUGAUGGUUCUUCGCCUUCAAAUUCAAAUGUUGGAAAUGCAGUUGCUGGUGAUCACUGCUUUCCCUUCUUGAUGACUGAGAGUGCAAAUUUGUGGGAGAACUAUAGCUUAAAGGUUAGUAAAGCAAGUCAAAACCAGUGAUGAGAUGGAAAUAAGGUUGACACUUAUAAGAGGCACGAAAAUUUCAUAGCCAUUUAUCUGAGAGACGAUCUCCCGUUAUGUAUAGGGCACCGAUGAUGAUAAAGUGGUCAAUCUUAUUAUAUUUAUGGGAAUCAAGGUGAAAAAUAAUGUGUUCGAAUCACGUACUUAAGUUUAAUGAGGGAGACUAGACAAUGACAAAUAUCACUGAAUUAUUGGGGUAUGAAUUUGACACUAGUUCAGGUGAGUUUCUCUAGAAGCAGGUUUCUUUUAUGCGUGCAAAUGGAGUUUGCAAUUGUAUUACUUCAUAUGUUGCAUCUUCCAAUGAUGUUUAUAUCAUCACUUGGUCACCCUCUUUCUCUCCUCCUACACCCAUCUUGCCUUUUUUUUAGUAAUUUUUGGAUAUUUUAUCUGUGCGGGCCUUUUCUGUCUGUGUACUGAAGACUGUAAUUAAAUUUCUUUGGUUUUAUUUAUUAGUCAAUAUUUUUAUGAA